AUGCGAAUCCAAUUGUCCUCAAGCUGGGCUGGCGGUCACAAUUUGAUUGAUGUUACACGGUUGGCAAAUGCUGCAGCAUUGAAAGACUAUCCGUCUUAUGUCUUAAAGCAAUCUAAAAAGUGGUCAGAAUUAAAAAAUGAAGAGAUGCGGUCGUCCACAACACCAAAUGUCCAACGAAUCGAUGUUGCUUUCACUGGUUUUCCAAAGUCUGAUGCUGUUCUUAGCAUGGCGAAAGGUGUCUCGACGCCAUAUGACUGCGCUAAACACCUUUCACAGCUUUUGCGGGACCGUAGUGUUCUUGCUCUUGUUAACGGUAUGCCAUAUGACAUGCAUAGACCCCUGACUUGCGAAUGUGAAUUGGACUUCAUUCAUUUCAAAGAUAUUCACCACGACCCUACUCCUGCCAAUCUCGCUUUUUGGCGGUCAUCUCAAGUUCUUCUGGCUGCCGCACUGGUAUCCUCGUUCCGCAAGGAAUAUGAACUAAGCGUUUUGGACUUCCCGCAAACCUCCCUCGAGUCCGGCAGCUUCGUAGUUGAUGUACGGCUCAAAGCACCGCCAUCGGCACCGCAGAUUGCCGAUUGGAAACCUGCGCCACAGGAUUUGCGUGCCAUCUCCGAGCGGGCCCAACGAAUAGCUAAUGCUAGCCUGCCUUUCGAGGUAGUGGAAACUUCCGCUAGUCAAACCGCAACCAUUCUUGAAGAUCCACAGCGAAUGCAAGUACUGGCUGCGGAAGCCACUGCUGAGGCCGCUUCAAAGUCCUUCAGUUUGUACAGGCUGGGAGAUUACGUUCAGGUUUAUCCUGGGCCUCCCCUGAUAGCUUCCAGUGGUCUAAUUGGGCGCUUCUCCUUGACAUCGAUGAAAUGCCUUGGACGCCUCUCGCCAGCCUUCUGCGGUCCAGCUGAAAAUGAAAACCAGAUGGUUUACAGGGCGCAGGGCAUUGGCAUGCCUACUGCCUUUCUGACCCAUUUCACCACCUUUGACAUUCUCAUGCGAAGGGCCAGGGAGACAAAUCCGGAGGCCCCAGCCACCCCAAUUUAUCUGGCAUCCUCGUAG